AUGGACUUCUUUAACAAGUACGAUUUGAAACUUGGAAACGCUAUCUUGGCUGAAGACAAACAACUCCCAAUCUAUGAAGAAGUUGUUGCAAAAUACACUGUUGAUUAUAUUCCAGGUGGAGCUGCACAAAACACUGCUCGUGUCGCUCAAUGGAUGUUGCCAGAGAAGCAAACUGUUUUAUAUACCGGUUGUGUCGGUUCCGACAAGAACGCCCAAAUUCUCAGAGAAGCCAAUGAGAAGAGCGGUGUCAUUGCCGACUACUUUGUCGACGCAGCCACUCCAACCGGUGCCUGUGCCGUCUUGAUCAACAACAACGAGCGUACCUUGUGCACUGCUUUGGGUGCCGCCAACAACUUCAAGAUCACCCACCUCCAAACCCCAGAGAUGCAAAAGUCGAUCGAGUCUGCCCAACUCUUCUACAUGGUCGGUUACUUCAUGACCGUCUCACCGGAGUCUGCCAUGUUGCUCGCCCAACAUGCCGCCGAGCAAAACAAGGCUUUCCUCUACGGUUUGGCCGCUCCAUUCUUGAUUGAAGUCGACUUCUUCUUUGAGCGUGUCAAGGCUUUGUUGCCAUACGUCGAUAUUGUUUUCGCCAACGAGUCAGAGGCUGCCUGCAUCGGUAAGAAGAUGGGUUGGGGUGAAGAUCUCGCCGUCGUCGCCGAGAAGUUGGCCGCCUGGGAAAAGGUCAACCAAAAGCGUUCGAGAACCGUCGUUUUCACUCAGGGUGCCAACAACACUUUGGUCUACACCAACGGUAAGCUCGACCAAUACUCACCAAUCACUCUUCCAAAGGAGAAGAUCGUCGACUUGAACGCCGCCGGUGACUCUUUCUGCGGUGGUUUCGUCGCUGCCUACUCACAAGGAAAGGAAUUGAGCAAGUGUAUCGAAUCUGGUCACUAUGCUGCCCACGAAAUCAUUCAACAAAAUGGUUGCACUCUUCCAGCUGUUUGCAAUUUCACCUUCUAA